AUGAUUUUAACAACUAAACGACAAUUACCAAAUGUUAAUAAUGAAAAAAUUCGACAACUCAAUUCUAUAUUAACUAGUACAGAAGAUAAUAUACGAAAUGUUCAACAAAAUUUUGAAUCAUUUAAACAAACAACAUCCGGGGUAGAAAAAUUUAGAGAUAAUACUAGUCGAUCAGCAUUACAAAGAAAUAAAGAUGAUCGUUAUAGUAUCGAUGAUAGCAGACAGUCGUUAUUAUCAAAUGAAACUGAAAAAUUCAAACAUGAAAUUAGUAAAAAAACAACAAGAAAAUCAUCAAGUAAUAGAGGUUCGAACGACUCAAUGAUUUCAUCAAAACACGAAUCGAUCGUUCAAGAGAUCGGCCAUUCACGUCACGGACAACGUUUACAAGAAAUAGAGCGGGAAAUACUAAGACAUAGAGAAGAACAACAACGAAAACUAACAAUAAUACAACAAGAAGACGAAGAUCAAUUUUCUCAAGCACGUGCUACAUCUAAUAAAAAAGCAUAUCAACUUUCGCUACAGAAUACAAAGGGACAAUUAGACGAAGAUGAAAUAAAUAAAAAUUUAUUAACGCAGCAGAGUCCAACAACUUUACUCAAUUGUACUAAAUCUAUUCGAGAAAGCGUAUCACAAUAUACAAAUCAAUUAAUCAGAAAUGAAAUGGUUCAUGAGAAAGAAAUACAAAAAGCGGAUGAGUUAUCGUCAUUGUUAAAUCGACGACGAAGAACAGCAGAACACGAUCAACUUCAUUUGGAAAAUGAAUAUCUGAUCAAACAACAAACAAUGCUUUCAAAAUCAACAACAUUCAAUGAAAUGCUCAAUUUUAAAAAAGAACUUGAAAAAAAUGAACGAAAUCGUGAAGAACAUUUUGAUCAGAUACAGUCAUUAGUUAAAACAUGUGAUGAAAAAGACAAACUUCUAUCAAGAACAUUGUUUGAAUUAAAAGAAGUAGCAGAAAACUGUGAUACAUUCGAACGACAAAAUACAAAAUUACAAUACGACUUAACAUUAGCAUUAGAAAAAUUAGAAGAGAUGACGGAAGAAGCCGAACGAUUUGCAAAAGAAUCAUUAAACUCUCAAAAACAAUUAGCAGAUACCGAACAAAAACGAGAAGAAUUUCACAUUCAAGCACAAGAAACAAACAAACAAUGGCAAGCUCGAGUAAAGAAAUUUGAAAAAGAUAUUGAGCGUUAUAAACUUGAUUCAACGCAAAUGUUAGAAAAAAAUGAAGAAUUAAUCAAAGAAAUCAAUACUUUUAAAUCGCAAGAAUUGAACCUAAGAGAACAAAUAACGAAACUUGAAACUGAUUUAAAUCUUGCACAUACAAAUUAUAAUCAGUUAGAAGAACAUUUUACACGAAAUGAAAAUGAUCAUCGUGUGAUUCGCUCAUCACAAGAAUCCGACAUUGCAACAUUCAAAGAAACAGCCUAUGAACUUGAAAAACAACUUUCUAUUCAACGGCAAUGUCUAUUAAAAACAGAUAAAGAAAAACAAAACCUUCAGCAUCUAUUACAAGAAGAAAUCAAUCAUCGAAAUAAUCUCGAUUCAAAAUUAAAACAAUCUGAACAAGAUAAUGAAAAGCUAAAUGCAUCUCAAUCUCAAUUACAACAACAAAUGAUCGCCCUUGAAAAUGAACGAACAAGCUUAUUACAAAAAAUAAAAGAACUUGAAUUUGAAAGAGAUUCAUUAACAAAAGAAAAGACACAACAUCUUUCAUUAGAAAACGAUUAUGAAGAAAUCAAAAGAAAAUUAGAAAUAACUAAAGUUGAUUAUACACAUGGUAUGAAAGCAUUACAAAUGGAUUAUGAGAAUAAAAUUGAAAUAUUUGAAUUACAAUUAUCAGAUGAAACAUCUCGAGUUGCAAUUCUACAACGACAUGAAAUAGAAUAUAAAAACGAAAUUGAAAGACUUCAAGAAAAAGCAGCAAAGUAUGAAGAUGAAUCAACUCGAGCACAUUGUAUCAUCGAAAUUUUAUCAAGAGAAAUCAAUGAUAAAUCUCGAUUGAUCGAUGAAUUAGAAUCAAAAAUUAACAGAUUAACGGUUGAAACAACGGAUCAAAGAAAUCAAAUUUUAAAGAGAGAGAGCGACUAUCAAAAUUCUCUUCAUUUGAUUUACAAUGAAAUUGUGUAUUGCUCAGAAUGUUUAUCAAAUGAUUCUAAUGAGCCAUUUACUAUAGUCGAAUCUGGAACGACACCUCGCGAUGAAAUUGAAGUUUGGUUGAGCAAAUUUAAAGCUCAUUUGACUUGGCUUAAACAAGAAAUAGAAAUUCGCCAAGAACAAGAAAACAAAAUUCGUCAAGAUCUCGCUAAUGCAUUACUCGAUUGUGAUGCUGACAGAAAAUAUUUUGCAUCUGAAUUAGCCAAACGAGAAGUUCUUAUUAAUGAAUUAAGAAGUAGUCAUCAAAUUUUUGAACGUGAAACUUUAAAUAACACAAUUGAAUAUCAACAAUCUAGUUUACCUGAGGAUGAACGUUAUCCUAUCGACGAUCGAUAUCGACAAUUUCAAAUUAUGAUCGAUUCAGUCAAACGAGAAUUGCACACAGCAAAAGUACAACUUUCAACUUAA